GAGUGAUUUUUUUAGUUCAGCUGGCUGGCGGGUGCGCACUUUUCUUUUCAUGCUGAUCGCAGAGCGAAAAUAUUUCGCUUAAUAUCAGUUUUACCGUAACUAAAGUAUUCCUCAUAUUUGAUAUUUGAAAAUCAACAGUCUUGGCUAGUUUUUGGAGCUAUUUCAAUUAACGAAAAUGUCGUUCAUUGCACGUAAUGUGGCACGAAGCCUGGUGCAGCUUUCGUCUCGUAGCAUUCAUUCAACCGCUGCCGUUCAGGCGCAAGCUUUGUCAAAAACGGAUGGUCGCAUUACCUGCACUAUGAUUCCCGGCGAUGGCGUUGGACCGGAAUUGAUGUACGCUGUUCAGGAGGUGUUCAAAGCCGCGGAUGUUCCGGUAGAUUUUGAGACAUUUUUCCUAUCGGAGGUAAAUCCAGUGUUGAGUUCACCCCUAGAGGAUGUCGUGCGAUCGAUCAACAAAAACAAGGUCUGCCUGAAGGGCAUCUUAGCUACCCCGGAUUACAGUCACACUGGCGAACUAGAGACUUUAAAUAUGAAGCUUCGAAACGAACUGGAUUUGUAUGCCAACGUUGUGCAUGUGGUCAGCUUGGACGGUGUCGUUACACGCCAUAAGGGUAUCGAUACUGUGGUCAUCCGUGAACAAACCGAGGGAGAAUAUUCGGCCCUUGAACACGAGUCGGUCCCUGGAGUGAUCGAGUGCCUGAAGGUCAUCACCGCUCAGAAAUCGGCUCGCAUCGCAAAGUUCGCUUUUGAUUAUGCCACCAAGCACAACCGCAAGAAGGUCACUUGCGUUCACAAAGCGAACAUCAUGAAGCUCGGCGACGGUCUUUUCCUGAAAAAGUGCGAAGAGAUCGCUAAACUUUAUCCGCGGAUUCAGUUUGAAAAAAUGAUUGUCGACAACACCACCAUGCAGAUGGUGAGCAAUCCCAACCAAUUCGAUGUGAUGGUAGCACCAAACCUGUACGGUAAUAUCAUUGACAACUUAGCAUCUGGACUUGUGGGCGGUGCCGGUGUUGUGGCUGGUGCUUCCUACUCCGCCGAACAUGCUGUUUUUGAGCCAGGUGCACGACACACGUUUGCAAUGGGUGUUGGCAAAAAUAUUGCAAAUCCAACUGCCAUUUUGUUGUGCUCCUCGAAAAUGUUGCGCCACGUCAACCUGAUGCACUACAGCCAGAUGAUCUUCCAAGCUGUACAAAAUGUACUUAAAUCAGGCAAAGUACGCACCAAGGAUUUGGGCGGACAGUCGACAACCAACGAGUUCACCAGUGCUGUCAUUCACAAUCUCCGAUAAAUGGCUGCUGCUACUGCUGCUGCAGGGCUCUACUCGACUCGACGCCACGAACGUGUGAAGAAAACCAAUAACUAAACUGUAUUAAGUGCCACCUACGUGGCAUACCACCUUCGCCUAUGUCGAUUAUUACUCUCAGAUAUUUCGGUAACGUAUAAUCGCUCCGUAUUCGCUCGCGUUCUCUAAUCGAACAUAUUUAUUGUUACAAAACAACCAAAAGCUAAUAGAAAGUUUAAUUAAUUUCUAGCCAAUUCGAAAUAAAAAAGAAAAUGUGCGUUCCGUUG